AGUUUUUUUCUUUUCAAAACGCACUACCAAAAAGCCUUUCACGAUUACUUCUCAAAGCCCUCCCGACUUUCUAUCGCUGGCUUCUCGGGCUCUCCAGAGGAAGCGACUAGUUGCUGCUGUUGUCGGCAUCGUCAUGGUGUUAGCUCUGAUCAUCGCCAUACCACUGCUUGUGCAAAGUUCUAAGACUUCUGCGCACUACGAGAUGAUGGGCACUUGUCGGAUGAUUUGCGACCCGUACAGUCCGAAAGCAAGUGCCACCGCCAUGGAGGUUAUGCAGGACUUAAGCGCGAUUCCGUCUCCGCCGUUUGUGCAAGGGACUAGAGGGGAGCCGGGGAGGCCGGGGAAACCAGGACCGAGAGGUCCACCGGGAGAGCCGGGACCACCCGGUCCCAAAGGACCUCCCGGGGACAAAGGUAUUUCGGGGAGGCCCGGUUUCCCUGCCUUAGCGUCAGGUACGGCGCAGACCGAAACGGGAGAGGUCGGCGCGGCUAUCGGGAGCUCUAAAAUAGCAUUCUAUGUUGGAUUGAAGAACCCCCAUGAAGGAUAUGAAGUACUAAAGUUCGACGAUGUGGUCACGAACUUGGGGAACCAUUACGAUCCGUCCACGGGCAAGUUCACCUGUCAGGUCUCCGGAAUCUAUUUCUUCACCUACCAUGUUCUAAUGCGUGGAGGAGACGGGACAAGUAUGUGGGCCGAUCUUUGCAAAAACGGACAGGUCCGUGCAAGCGCAAUAGCCCAAGACGCAGACCAAAACUACGAUUACGCAAGUAACAGUGUCGUGCUGCAUCUGGAUUCGGGCGAUGAAAUUUACGUCAAGUUGGACGGCGGCAAAGCUCAUGGGGGCAACAACAACAAAUACAGCACUUUCUCUGGCUUCAUUUUAUACCCCGAUUAACUCCCGCAAAGAGCGUCGCCAAACAUCCGUGACUCUCCCUGCUUUGGAAAGAAAUGCUUCUGAGCUCCAAAGUAGCCUACGGUUAACGUCCUAGGAUUUAUUUUUUAUUGCUUGUUAUUUAUUUUUGUGAUAUUGUUAUUGAUUUUACGUUGUGAAGACCAGAGAGCACACACAGGCCAAGUCUAAAUUUACCCCACUGUUCACUGUAGUUCAUCGGGAGACAUAGCUGCUUAUUUCGUUUGAAUGUGACCUCUGUGUUGUAAUCAGAAGAAAUAUGUCUCUAUGAAUAGUUAUAUGUGAUAUACAAUUAUAUGUAAGCUGCAACAGUUGUGAGGAAAAGAAAACCACGUGUGAUGUCCCCCAGAGAAUAUAUUAUGUUUUUAAUGCUUUCAUAUGAAA